AUGCCGAAUUCCAAUACCACCUCAUCCCCCGUCAAGCGCCCCGGUCUCGGCCGCCGUGCAGUAUCCUCUCAUGCAGUUGUCACGCGCGCCAACCCGAAUGACCUGUCGGAGUCUCACACGCAGAAGGCGCCCGUGCAUCAUAAGGCACACCGCGCCCAUGUCGUUGGCGGCCACCGCAAUCACCACCGAAACCCCUCCGUCGGUAAAAAUUUGGGAAAACUUCAGCGAUUUCAACUUCCUCAAGUAGCUCCCGAGACAACCGGCCGUCAUCAUCAGCGUAAGAAGUCUGCGCCCGCCACCCCGAUAGCGAGUCCCAAAGAAAGUGGACAUAUUCGUUGGGAUAAUGUUGUCGAUAACCCGCCCACCGCCCCUUCCAUGAAGAGAAACUACUCGACCCCUGCCUUGCGCCGGAAUAACUCGGCUGUCGGAAAGAAAGCGCUGGUUACCGAAAGACCACAUUCCAGUGCGGCAAAGAAGAAGACGGUCGGCUUCGAGUUGGGUGACGACGACGUCGAGGUCUCUGACGCUGAUUGGGAAGAUACCACUCAGUCGCCCGAAAGUACGCGGCGCAAUUCUGUCGUGCCAUCUAAUCAUAGUGCUGAUAACACCACUGUUCUUGUCGAUCCCCUUACAUUUGUGAAACGCCCCUACCCUCAGAUUGCUCGGGCGACCAGUCUCCCAGAAUCAAUCACAGGCAAGUUCGCUCGGGAACGCGCCGAAUUAGAAGAAAACCAGAUUCAGGAGGAAGACGAGGAUCAUCACGAAUCGGACGACGACUCUGAGAACUCCAGCCAGCACACUGAGCAAGGCGAUAUCGCAACUCGCCUGCUCAGCCCUUCGCAUUCUGCCAAAGCACCUCCUGCCAUGUCUUCAAUAUCGGCGAUGGUCAAGCCGGCGGUUCAGGAUCCUGCAUCUCGCAGCAGUGCAUCUCUCAACUUGGCCGCCGGCCAGGAAAGCGCUCGCCGUACCUUUUCUACCGCCAGUAUGGCCAGCAUUCCUGGCUCUCAUCCUAACGCUACCUCAUCCUCUAUGGAAGGAGGUGUCUCGCGAUUCAUUAUGAACAACAAGAACAGUAUCCAAGCAUCAUCUCGCACUGAUUCUGACCCAAACACCCCGUCUUCAUUCCUCCCCCACUAUCACCCACAAACUCCUCCUUCCCCUGGUCGCGCCCCCGGCAAAUCCACUGCUUCUCCUGCACGCCCUCGUGGCGCCGACCUACCUUCUCGCACGCAGCAGAAGCUCUGGCUUCAGCGCACGGCCACUCUCAAUAACUCUCCCCCUGAUAACCACGGAGUCCCUCCUUCGGUAGCCCCGUCCACGGUUGAUCCAACCUUCAACACAGUCAACACUACUCGCCCUGGCACUGUCACAUUUGACACCAGUCGUGGGCUGACCAGUGGCGGUCGAGCUGGAGGUGCGGGGCAUGACGGUGAAACUCGGCAUAUUCGCAAAGCGUAUGAGAAAACAUCCCUCGAACUUACGGUUGUGCGACGCUUCCAGUCUCCCACCGGAGAGAGUUUCGCCCGACUUCGUCAUGUUGUCCGAGCAGCAAAGCUUGCGCAGACUUCAGCACUUGGCAAGCCCGUCAGGUCAGCCCCGUCUUUGACUCUUCUCCAACAAAGCAAGCGUCCUCGUCGCCUCAGCUCAAGUCCUGCAUCCAAACCAGCAACUGGUACCGCAACCAAUGCGGAUGAUCCUGCGACUAAUAGUAACCCCGCCAAGCCUGCCAAGUCUAAUGAUCCUUCUGCUCGCAUUCUCUCUACUUCCGCGGAAGCCUCCCGGGAUCUCACGGGGGAUAACGAAGUCGAAGACUACCAGGUCAACGACACCGAAAUGAUGAUCCGCCGGAUCUGGGAGAGCCGAGAGGUAGCCACACACGGCUAA